AUGACUAAUUCUUCACCGCCAGCAUCUGGCGGGCGCCAAGGCCGCCGCCGCCCUGCUGGAGCGUCUCACGAGAGCCUGAGACUCGCCAAGUGUGAGCUGCCCACCACGGCGCCCCAGAUCAGCGGCGUGGCGGAGAAGUACGUCAGCGGAGACCUGCUUCGUGCCAACUGUACGGCGGGGAGGUCACACCCGGCGGCCACCCUCACCUGGCACCUCAACGGUAACGAGGUACCACGGAAGUACACGUUCUCGUACGCGCCGGUGCAGCACCAAGACGGGCUGGAGACGUCGCGGCUGGAGGUGCGGCUGCGGCUGCGGGACGAACACUUCGCCCGCGGCGUGAUCAUGUUAAGGUGCACGGCCACCGUGGCGGCGCUCUACACCCGCAGCGACCACGACUUCCUGCAGCUGGAGGGCCGCAAGCUGCAGCCCAUUGUGCUGGAGCAGCGGGACUCUCAGAUCAGCGUGAACGGCAGUCCUGGACCCGUCUGGUGGUCUCCUCUCGCCCUUCUGCCCGUCCCUCUCUUGAGGGGCAGGUGGCCCUGAUGGACAGGUGGCCCUGAUGGACAGCUGCGACUAAUGGAGGCGUGCCGCUGGCGGGAUGGUGCCACUAGUGUGCAGGUGCCGCACCGCAGGUGUUGAUAAUAAUUGACAUAUGCACUGAUAAGCAAGUAAAGCUUUCGUGGACAUGAAAGGCACAUCUGGGCGAGGAAGUCUUCGCUAACCACUAGAAUAAAUGGCGGAAAGAUGUCUUUGUUUAGCGACAGAAACAUGGACGAGUGAAUGACUCCAUGACUAAGGCAUUGACGGGUAGAGGGAAGCCUGCAUGUACUGCCAGGGUUUAAAUUUCCUCCAAAUGAAUUUAGAUUAGUUUACGGUGCUUCUGUUAGUAACUGUUGUCACUCUACUCUUUUUCUGCUACAGUUAGUGGCUGGCACUUUGUGAGAACAUGUGGCACUUUUAGCGAGAGGUGGAAGCCCUUGCGGCAUGCUGAGAGGCAGUUGGAAGACCGUCCACCACUCAGAACCAUGUGCGAGGCAUUGUUAACUCUUAGAAGCAGGUCGAGGCAUUAUAGCACUUUGAGAAGCAACUGGAAAACUUGUGAAGAGUGACAGCCGCACACUGUUGAUCCGCUGUGAGACAGUUGGUAGCCCUGAUGCUCCGCUGUGAGACAGUUGGUAGCCCUGAUGCUCGGCUGUGAGACAGUUGGUAGCCCUGAUGCUCCGCUGAGACAGUUGGUAGCCCUGAUGCUCCGCUGUGAGACAGUUGGUAGCCCUGAUGCUCGGCUGUGAGACAGUUGGUAGCCCUGAUGCUCCGCUGUGAGACAGUUGGUAGCCCUGAUGCUCCGCUGUGAGACAGUUGGUAGCCCUGAUGCUCCGCUGUGAGACAGUUGGUAGCCCUGAUGCUCCGCCGUGAGAGUUAGUAGCCCUGAUGCUCCGCUGUGAGACAGUUGGUAGCCCUGAUGCUCGGCUGAGACAGUUGGUAGCCCUGAUGCUCGGCUGAGACAGUUGGUAGCCCUGAUGCUCGGCUGAGACAGUUGGUAGCCCUGAUGCUCGGCUGUGAGACAGUUGGUAGCCCUGAUGCUCGGCUGUGAGACAGUUGGUAGCCCUGAUGCUCGGCUGAGACAGUUGGUAGCCCUGAUGCUCGGCUGUGAGACAGUUGGUAGCCCUGAUGCUCGGCUGUGAGACAGUUGGUAGCCCUGAUGCUCGGCUGAGACAGUUGGUAGCCCUGAUGCUCCGCUGUGAGACAGUUGGUAGCCCUGAUGCUCCGCUGUGAGACAGUUGGUAGCCCUGAUGCUCCGCUGUGAGACAGUUGGUAGCCCUGAUGCUCCGCUGUGAGACAGUUGGUAGCCCUGAUGCUCGGCUGAGACAGUUGGUAGCCCUGAUGCUCGGCUGUGAGACAGUUGGUAGCCCUGAUGCUCGGCUGUGAGACAGUUGGUAGCCCUGAUGCUCGGCUGUGAGACAGUUGGUAGCCCUGAUGCUCGGCUGUGAGACAGUUGGUAGCCCUGACAGCUGCUAGAGACAACACAAGCGUCUCCCAGUGAAAUCUCCUCGUAGCUUGCCUAACACUGGUAGUAUAGGUCUCUGCCUGUCUCCUAGCAGGCUAGCUGAAACUCCUCUUCUGUCCUAGCUAAUGGCCAUCCUUGGGGAUAUUCAGCACUACUAGCCUCAACUAGAAAUUUAAAACCCAGCACUCCAGGCAUUUCCUAACCACAAGACAUCUUAGUAAGGGUCUAGCACUCCUAGCCCGUUCUAACCACCAGACAUGCUACAUCCCAGCACUCUCAGCCUCUCCUAGCCACAGAAUAUCCCAGAUUGUAUCCAGCGUUCCUAAUCCCUCCAAUCUUCACGUUAAUGCGAGUUUACAAGAACGAUGACCUUCAUAGACCACCAACCUCACAAUCACUCAUAUACUGCCAACCUUAUUACUCGGCAGGUCUGCCAACCUCACAACCCCGCAGGCCUGCCAACCUCACAAAAUUCCAGGGCUUGUUUCUCCUAAGAAUGUCAUAAAAAUCUCACACAUUUCCCAGCCUUGCCAACCUCGCACGAAAUCUCAGGCUUGCCAACCUGACACACACACACACACCCUCCAGGUCUCAAGCACACAAUCCCCCAGGCACCACACACUCUCACAUACAAAUGUAAGGUGUGCCAGCCUCACGGAACUUCCUUAUCUUACACACAACUCAGGUCUAUCAAUCAUAUAGACAGUUCACAGGCCUGCCAACCUCACAAUCAACUUGCAGGCCUACCAACCUCACAAAAAACUCACAGGCCUCUCAACCUAACACACAACUCUCAGGUCUGUCAACCUCGCACACUAUCCCCCAUGGCUGCCAACAUCACACUAUCCCCCAGGUUCACCACCAUCAUAUGCUGCUCCCCCAGGCCUACCAAUUUCACCUACUUAACUCCCUAGGACUGCAACCUUACAUACUACCUCCCAAGUCUGCCAACCUCACGCACUGCCUCCAGGCCAGCCAACCUCACACAUUAAUUCCCAGGCCUGCAAGCCUGACGACUCCCCCAAGCUUAUUACUACUGUAAGUAUAGGUGUGUGUACAUUAUCAUAGGUUGGUACCACUGUGUACUUACCCGAUGUGAACCAGUAGGUUAAAGCGUUGUAUAUUGUCAGUUGAAGGUCUUGGUGUAUGUAAACGUGCGUAUGGGCUCACACACACGCACGCAUACAUACACAUAUACCAAUGUAUAUGAAGUGAUGUUUAUGUAUACAUGUAUGUAUGUAUAUGUUUAAGAUUGUAUAUUAUUCCCGUGUUAUUUAAGCGAGCGUCGAGGUUGUAACUAAAGGUUUAGUGGCGAUGUUGAUGACAACCACAACAGCUCACUCUGGCUCGCCUCCACAACCACACUGACUCGCCUCCACAACACUCACAACCACACAACAAUAACAAUCACAUGGAAUCCACUCCAAACUGUUAUUACAGCAACACUGGUCACGAUGCAGUCUUAACAACCGUACGGUUCCGUCGAAUCACAACACACAAUCACGAUUGAACCCAAUAUACGAAGACGACAACAUCAACCACAAUUAUCAUCUGCAAUUACAACAAUAUGACUAGAGACAAGAAUAUUGGUCGCAUCAACGAGUUAACCAAAAUAAUCAAGAAUCAUUUACAUAAUUAUAACACAACUCACAAUCACCACAGGAGCCACAACAACCACACAACCACUCAACCACAACAACCACAACAACCCAGUGUUGGUCCGCUGUGGUUGGCGUAUCUUAGGGAGUGUGUCUUAGGGACUCUGGCUUCACAGGUAAAUGUUUGUAAUGAAAUGAAUCAAUUUAGAACUGAUUAAUUAGGGAAUUAAUGACGGUGCAAUUAUAAGACAAGUUUAUUGAUGGGUUGACUGUGGUUGAUAGUGGUUGACUGUGGUUGAUAGUGGUUGAAAGUGGUUGACUGUGGUUAAUAGUGGUUGACUGUUGAUAGUGGUUGACUGAUGUUGACUUCUUGGUUGACUGUGAUUCACCACUUGGUUGACUGUGGUUGACCUGUUGAUCGAUCACUUGCUUAGCCACUGGGUGAACCAGUUGGUUGACCCACUUGGUUAACCACUUGGUUGACUGUGGUUGACCUGUUGAUCGAUCACUUGCUUAGCCACUGGGUGAACCAGUUGGUUGACCCACUUGGUUAACCACUUGGUUGACCCCUUGGUUGACCCCUUGGUUGACCAGUUGGGUGGCUGCUUGCUUCAAUCCUUUACCUGUCGAAUAAACACUUGAAACAAUCACAGGUAAAGUACAGCUGAACCAAUCACAUCAACGCAUCACUUCUAAUUGCGUCAUGUAUAUAACGUAACGGUAUAAACGCCACCAAUCACUGUACGCCGGAACGGGACAUAAAAGGCAUAAAACAAAAGUUAAUUUCAGUAACAACGAAAACGAGAAUAUUUUGUGGUAGUUUAAUGUUAAGGAGAUAUGUCCUUCUUGGCCGGACCACCAGUGUUGGCCCAACUACCCGAGUGCUUCAAUAAAGUGAGAACAAAU